AUGGAAGUGGACAGGCCGAAAACAGCACAAAGUUCACGAAAAGGGAAGAGGGCAUGGCGUAAGAAUGUUGACAUUGAAGAUGUGGAGGUUGGAUUAUACGAUUCUAGGGAAAGGAAGAGGCUUCUUGGGGACGAGGAGGACUUCGUUGUUGAUGCAAGCGGUGAUGACAGUCUAAGAAGGGAAGCUAAAGUUCUGAAAGCAAGGGAUAUUCUCACCAAUAAGUCAAAGACGAAGCCGUUGCUUGUGGAAAGAAACAAUAGAAAAGUACAGGGAGUUAAGAUGAGUGAAGUCCAUCGUUUGAUGAAACUUUCCGGUAGGGUGCAAGGAGAAACUACAACAGGGGCGAGGAUUGAAAAGGAUGGUAUUAUUCGAGCAAUAUCAGGAGAUAUUUGGGGCGAAGAUCUGGAAACACCAUCUAAUGAACCCGAGAUUUUGAAAAAAUUCAGUACUAAAGGAAUCACUAAGGCCAAGCGUGCUCCUUCGACCAUUCAAGAGAAACCUAUCAAGAUUGACGAGAUAGUUAAACUUAUAGAUGCCGGAAAAUCAUACAAUCCGUCUUUAAAGGCAUGGAAGAAGCUUAUUAAUAAAGAAUUCAAGUCUGAGAGUGCUCGAGAAGAGAAAAGACAAGAAUUGGAAGAAUUUCAAAGCAAAAUAAGACUAGCCAUGUCAAUGCUUGAAGAGGAUUCAGAUGAAUCAUCUGCAGGUGAAGAAAGUGAAGAAGUCGAAGAAAAUAUCGAAACUGAUGAUUUACUGCUAUCAGUCAAUAAACCAACAGUAAGGCGUAAGAAGACCAAGGCAAUCAGGAAUAAGGAAUUAAGGUAUAAGCAAAGGUUAGAAUUAGAGAAUCAAUAUAAAGAACUUAAGAUGCAAAUUCAUGAGCUUUCAAAAUUAGACGAAAUAGAUAAGCAGAUUUCCGGGGAAAAGAUACAUGGCAAUCCAAAGAGAAAAAGCAAAAAACAAAGAAAAUUAUUUAAAUACGAUCUAGUUCAAGCUCCUCUCGAUGUUCAACUUUCUGACGAAUUAACCAACAAUUUAAGAAGUGUCAAGACGGAGGGUAACUUAUUUUAUGAUCAAAUGAAGAAUCUUCAGACAUCAGGUAUGAUAGAGGCAAGAGUUCCAGUAUCAAAGAAGCGCAAAUAUUCUCCAAAGGUCACAGAGAAAUGGACAUACAAGGAUUUCAAGUGA